UAUCUGGCUGAUCCUCUACACCUUUUCGAUGAUCCUGUGAAUGUGAAACCAAAUGUAGCAUACAAUGUAUGGUGCAGAUUGAACAGCGACCCAAAAUCGCAGUACGACGGCGAGAGUCCAAUUCUUGAGAUNAUCACUCGAUUCUGUAUGUUCGUUAAAAUCAGUCUUGUUUUUCCAUGGGUGCGAUGGAUUGCAAAUAAUCCAGCUAAUCAUGCGUCAUCUUUGUAUCAACCCACACUAAGUCAGCAAUCUACGAUGACCUGUCAAGAAUCAUCCGCGGAACCUCACGAACAAUUCAGAGAAAGCGAGGAAAUGUGUAAAGAAGAACAAUUGCAGUCUGUGAGUUUUGGAACACCUUUCCUUAAAUUGAAUAGUUUUUGCACGACUCUAAUGGUAUUUUCUGAUGAGUUCGAUAGGCAACGCAACUCCGUAAAUAACUGA